AAGGGCGGGGGGAGGAGGGACAGGGGCUGAAGCCGCCAGAGAGGUCAUCGACGUUUUGGGAGGCUUCUGCCCCAGCGCGUUGAAGGUCAGACCUGAAUUCCUAGGAGAGAUUUAGCAUCCCCAUUCGUGCCGUCAGUCUCCUAGGGCCUGGGCUGCUGGUUUUUCAGGUAGUGGCUUGUGCUUGGGCGCGCACACACACACACACACACACACACACUCUCACACACUCACACACACCCACACACACACACAAAGAGGCCGACGCCCACUCACGUGGGCACCUAUAUAAAUCCCCGCGGUGUCGGAGCGGCCGCCCCAUCCUCCGGCCGCGCCUCUGCAGGGACAUCGCGCCGGUGGCACCUGCAGCCCAUCGCCGCCCACCGGGACCAUGGCCACGGAGAGCGCCGGCCCCACGGCUGACCAGCUGGAGAUCCUGGAGCACAACUUCAACAAAGUGAACAAGCACCCGGACCCCUCCACGCUCUGCCUCGUCGCUGCCGAGGCGGGGCUGACCGAGGAGGAGACCCUGAAAUGGUUCAAGAAGCGCCUUGCCCAGUGGCGGCGGUCUGAGGGGCUUCCUUCUGAGUGUGGCUCGGUGACCGACUGACCGGGACCCGGGCCUGGGUCCCUCCGCCACCCAACGACCCCUGUGGCAUCGGGGCUUGCUUUCGACGGAGGCAAACGUUUCUUGUUAACACAGUGUUUUCUUCCCAUUGUACAUAACCCGCAGAGAACAAUGAGUGCAGGGGGGGGCUGUGCAGCUCAGGGUGCGGCCCACAUGGCCUGGUGUAGGGGCAGCAGUGAACGGUGCAAGCUGCAGGCUGCAGCUCUGGUCGACCCCCUCAGAGUGUCUUGCCCUUCUCUGACUGCUCUCUCGAUACAUUUUCCCACUGUUCCUGUCUACAUAAGCGGGCCAAUUCUCAGCCUAUUUGCCCCCCUAGCCGCAGUCCCUCUCCCAUCCAAGGAGACCUGAAGAAUUGCUUCCAACACUCCUUAUUUAAAUGCACUUAUUAAAUUAAUUUCGCUAAAUGAACUAUUUUUUUCCUGAUAUAGUGAUAUUCAUAAUAAAACCAUAACGUUAUUGGAAUUUGA